GCAGUAGAGUUUACAUGGUCCGCUGUGUUGUACAAAUCGCGAGCUGCGCCGUGAGUACGUCGCGGAUAAACAACUCGGCACCGGCUCCUGCAGCUCUCAGAUCGCGCUCUCGACAUUGCAUGCAUCUCUGGUUUCGACCAUCCAGAAUUGACGUGGUGCAGUGCAGGUGUGGUGUCAGUGCCUAGGGCCAGGCCACGACCAACCCUACCGCGAUCGCAGACUAACUUCUGGUGCAACUCUAGUGCAAAAAGUGUCAAAGUGUUUAGUGUACAAAAUGUUUGGCACUGUACAAAGUUAGUGCGACGUAAUGUUGUCGUAUAUGCUACCAGUGGACGAAAAACCGCCACCGGGUCCUAACAAAGGACACAUGCAGUUAUCUUUGGGGUCAGAAGUCCUAACAAAUGGUAGGACUUCCAGUCCUAUCAGCAAAGAAACAAGUAUUAGCAGUUUUGUUAGCGAUGUCACUACUGCAACUGCAAGUUACAGUUCAAUGACGCCUACUAGCACUAGUGAUAAAGGAAAGCCUAAGUUAGUAAUUAAUGGAGGAAAACACCAAACGCUAAAAAGGGUUUCGUUUGGUAGUUCCAAGGGAUCGAUGGUGGAGACGCUUAUUUUUGAAAGUCCUGUCCAAGAAGAACCCGAGCCAAGCCCGAUACCUGAAAAUGCAAUUCCUUUUCCAGCAGAUCAGGAUCAGACCGAAACCGAACGAGAAAAAGUACGAGUGACGUUCUUUCAACAGUCGAAACCUCAAGAAGUCGACCUGCCGGAUGAACCUGUUGUUUUUACGGAUACAGACUUCAUAAUGGCGACUACGGUGGCUAUGAAUGAUUCGAACCAUGUAGUUUACAAUAGAACAGAAAGUACGGAAAGCGGCUGGGAGAAUCCAUUUCGACCUGGAGGCGACUUGAGUAGAGAAGCAGACGAAAUAGUAGAGUUAAUAAAAGGGGGCAAACCAAUAACGCCCACACCAGAUAGUACUGCGCCCCCUUUACCUUCCUUAGAUGAGCCAGACACACAAAAGAACCAAACAACGGCGAACAAUGUUGCAGAGCCAAUUACGCAAAGUCCAAAAAAAGCAACUGAACUGAACGCCGCCCCCAAAAGUGCGAACGGAAAUGUACAGAACGACAACAAGCCUGCCGCCCCCGGAGCUGUUGACGUUAAACGAGGGACAAUUAAACCAGAUGGGGAAGUCGAACAUGUUACGAUAAAAAAGAAACCUAAGUGCAAGUGCUGUGUUAUACAAUAACUGGUGACGACAUAGUCAAUAGACUUGUUACUGUUAAAAUAUUUUAUAGAUAUCGUGGUGUAAAAAUCUUUUAUUUUUCGAUUUUCGAACGAUACAUAAGUUAACUGUGAUGUAAUUUAGUACAAAUUGUUAUCUGAUUCACUGAUCGACUACAGAAUCUUUAAAUGUGCGUUUGACAUAGAAUUAUUUCAAAUUAAAAUAUUUUCAAGAACACUUCUGCAAUUUAAUUUUUGCAAUUCAUGUCAAAUGUACAUGUGAUGAGGCCUAAAAUUAUUCAUGUACAUAGUAAUCACCUGAAUCUCACAGUGAAAUAGUUUUGAGAAUAAAUUAACAUAUCAUGUCAAUAAUAUUGUACCGUGUUAUUCAGACUUGGCGUAGAGAGAAAAACAAAAAUUGCAUCGAUUUUGGGAUACGCUGUAACGUGCGAUAAACAGCACAAGUUGACAAGUUUUAAGAUUUAAAAGACAUUUAAGUUAACACUUUAUCAUUAUAAUUUGGACAGUCAGUACGGCCAAGUACAGAUAAGGUGAGUGAAAACCUACAGGUACAUUUCUCGAUGUUUCUAUUCCAGUGUUCUGUAUUAUAAAGUAUAAGUACAUUUGUAAUUGUAAAAAUACUAAUGAACAAGACGACUGAAAAUUAAAGAUGCUAGAUUAUAUAGUUAUUGUAAAUAAAAUAUACCUUCAAGUCGAUCAUUGGGUCAGAUAGUAUUAUUCAGCUAAUCAACAGGACGCAAUAUAAUUUAAAUAUAUAAGUGGAGUAUAAUUUCAUUUGCUUUUUAAUAAGAGAUUUAAAAAAUCGAAUUUUAAAUUUUUUACACCACAAAAGCUGAUGAUGCUUAAUAUGCUUUAACCAGUCACACAAAUACUAGUUGUGCUAUUCUGUUGAAGUGAAGAUGCUUAAAAGGUGCAUGUUUCAAUCUGAAUCUCUACUUAAUUUUCAAAGCAAUAUUAGUGCUAAUUGAGUAUAUUUAAUUAUAACAAAAAAUACAGUGCUGACAAAUGUUUUAUUUUUUCUU